GUGCACCUGCCAAAUGGGGGUUUCAACGUUGUCAGAUUCGGGGACACCGUAGAAAUAAAGGCCAUCAUUCAGACUGUAACGGAACGAUUAUCUACAGGAGAGAGAUACUACAAUAUACUUUAUGCUAUGAGAUUGUCAAGGCCGCCCUCGACUGAGAUGCAUUGGCUUCAUCAAGAUACCACGAUGAAACAAGUGAACGAAAAGUAUCUAAAGAAACAUCCGAACUCUGAAUGGCGAUACGAUCUUAGGAUAAGAUAUUUACCUACUAGUCUGAAAGAGCUUUACGAUAAGGAUAGGGUCACUUUCCACUAUUAUUAUGAUCAGGUUAGAAAUGAUUACCAUAGUGAGUUAUACAAGAAAAUCGACCAGGACGUAGCCAUCCAACUUUGCUGUCUGGAAAUACGGAAGUAUCUCAAAGACAUGCCCCAAAACGUCCUCGACAAGAAAUCGAAUUUCGAGUAUCUGGAACGAGAGAUAGGUAUGCACAAAUUCAUUCCGAACAGCUUCAUAGACAAAACGAAGUCGAAGUCUUUGAGGAAAAGCAUACUGGCUCAGUUCAAAAAAUUCGCUCACUUCUCGGAUGUCGAAAGCAUGUUCAAGUACUUGGAAAUUCUGAAUUACCACACCAGCUUUGACCAGGAAAGGUUCAGCGUCGAUUUCGGUAGCAGUUUCACCAUACCCGUGGAACUAGUCAUCGGACCUGACAUAGGUAAAUAA